CACCCUGCCAGGUCCAUGGGUUUAGGGUUUUCGAGUAUCCCUCUGAAGAUUCUGGCCCGUUACAGUUCGAAGCAACACCACACAAAUUCGAAGAAAGAAAAUGUGGUAUCUGUGCGUGUUCUACCACAGAUUGCUGGACUACAGGAAAGCGGAGGUGGAAUCUUUGGCGGAACUGUUCGGAGUAUUCGGAGACGACGAUGGUGACAACAAAGAAAGCAGCUCUUUGGAGUGGAGGCUUCCCCAGCAUCACCACCCGGACUCUCCCUUCCAUUUCGUCAAUCUCCCUUCAGAGGACUUCGCUCGUGACAUCGCCAAUCGAAGUAUACUCGUGAAGGGAAUUUAUGAGCUUUGGGGAGAAGGGAGUAGCUAUGAGGAACUGGAAGAGUCUAUAAGAUGCUAUCCAGAUGAGAGGAAGUUGCCAUACCUGGACUCUGGAAGCACAUUCAAGAUUACUGUUGACUGCUUCGGGAAGGUCAUUAGCUUCCAAGAGCAAAAUGAUCGUAUUAAGGGACUUGCUUACAUUCCUUUCAAGGGUCGAGCUAAUUUGAGAAAUCCAGACCAUAAUUUUUGGCUUAUGGAAACUGAUGACUAUGGAACCAAUAAUGGACUUCCACCAGUUGUCCAAAGACGAAUCUUUUUUGGUCGGGAGGUUGGAGGUGCUGAUAGGAAGCUUUUGCCAACAUAUCAGUUAAAAAGUCGCACUUAUCUUGGCCCAACUGCCAUGGAUGCAGAAAUGGCAUUCUUAAUGGCCAACCAAGCAUUGGCCACACCAGGAAAACUUGUUUAUGACCCUUUUGUUGGCACCGGUAGCAUUCUUAUUGCCGCAGCUCACUUUGGAGCAAUGACAAUGGGCGCAGACAUUGAUAUUAGAGUAGUACGUGAUGGGCGAGGCCCCGAUUGUAAUGUUUGGAGUAAUUUUAAGCAGUAUGGGUUACCAAUGCCAGUUGCUCUGUUGAGGGCAGAUAAUAACCUUCCUCCAUGGCGUCCUGGUUUGAAAGAGAUAUUUGAUGCGAUAAUCUGUGACCCUCCUUAUGGAGUUCGUGCUGGGGGACGUAAAUCUGGUGGCCGCAAGCUGCUGAAGGGGACCGUGGACCCUUAUACAGUUCCUGAUGACAAGAGGACAGACCACAUACCAUCCACUGCAGCUUACAGCUUAGUUGAGUGCGUCCACGAUUUGCUUGACCUUGCUGCUAGGAUGAUUGUACUGGGUGGCAGGCUUGUUUUCUUUUACCCUGUAUUAAGAGAAGAUGAUUAUGUAGAAGAUCACCAUUACCCGGAGCAUCCGUGUUUCAAACUGAUUGCUGCCUCCGAGCAGAUACUUAGCUCACGCUACAGCCGUGUAUUACUGACCAUGGUGAAGAUAGGUCCCUACACUGAGGAAAUUGCAGAGGCAGCUCAGCUGAAACAUAUAGAGUUCAGGGAGAAUCAUCUGAAGUGGUUAGAAGAUGGUAAUCUUCACUCUGCAGUUUUUAGUCCAGCUGAUUCUCAGAUAGCUGCAGCUGGUGAUUCUAGUUUGAGUAGAGAACCAAAGCCAAAAUAUAGAGGAAAAUACGUUUAGGCUUGAAAGUAGCUGCUUUUGUAGGCUUUUUAGCUUUGGCAAUUAUGCCUGUAGGUGACAUUUUUAUAGGCACCAUAUAUCCCUCAUAGAGAGAGAGAGAGAGAGAGAGAGAGAGUUAUUUGACCUUGGUUUUCUUAUUUUUAGUGUUAUGCCAAUGGGACAGCUUCAUAUUGCCCCC